AUGCUGGGAUCCACCUACUUGGACUACUUUCUCCGUCCCCACGAUCUGAACUAUGUUUCCAGUGACUUGUACCAUCUACUGCCACAGUGUGCGAUAGACUGUUUAGCAUCCACCCUGGAGACACUGUCGGUGUGCUCUCCUAACAAUGCCACAUGCUUCUGUACCAAUCAAGAUGUCGCUCAUAGCAUGCAUGUGUGUGCUGAUAGAACAUGUACCAUCAAACAAGCCCUCACUGCGCUCAACAUCACCGCGAUCAUGUGUCAAAGACCCGUUCGCAAUCGCUCAAUCCAAUCCUUGACCGUUGCAAGCGUGAGCGGAAGUAUUGCUACGAUUUCAGUUAUGUUGCGUUCCCUGGAUGCAGUCCUCAAUCGCUCCUUCCGUUGGGAUGACGCCUGUUCUCUUGGCGCUGGAUUGACCUUGAUCCCCAUGAACGCUAUACAACUACGCAUCGCAUCUGCAGGUCUAGGCCGGGAUGCAUGGAUGUUACCCUUUGACGAUCUGGAAUGGCUCGGGAAAUUCUUCUACUGGCCCACAACCGCCCUUGCGAGACUGGCAUUGUUAUUCAUGUACCUCCGCGUACUUCCCCGAAAGAAGACAAGGACCUAUACCUAUACCGGCAUGGCCUUCUUUUGCAAACCCGUUUCUCUGGUAUGGACGGGCUGGGAUGGUGAGCACAAGGGCUCAUGCUGGGAUAUCAAUCAUCUCGUACUGUCCGCUGCUGGUGUUGCCGUUUUCUUGGAUCUUCUUAUCGCACUUAUACCGGUCCCUGCCCUGUAUCAACAAUCAAUGACUCUGGGAAGGAAACUGGAGGUACUUGCCAUGUUCACUGUUGGUAUAUUUAUCCUCGCCGUUUCGUGUCUGCGAAUAGGAUCUAUCAUUAACUUCGCCGAGUCACUGAAUCCCACCUGGGAUAAUACGCCCGCCAACUACUGGAGUAUCUUGAAAGCCAAUACCAGUGUAUUCUGUGUCUGCAUGCCUGCACUGCGUCACAUAAUUGUUCACCGACUGCCCUUCUUCAACACCAAUCAUCCACACAAUACAGUCCCCGAGAACGGCGAUGGUAUUGAAUACCCAUGGGAACGCACAACGGCGCCUAGUGAGCAGAUUGGAAGACGAUCCAAGGACACAAGCCCUGGUACAGACGAAGCGGUUAUGUCGGGAUAUCAUCGAGCACAAGACGUUGAGCUAGUUGAACUUUGCGAAGGGCCCAUGGGGGAGCACGUCUUGCUGAGACGGGGGAUCAAUGAUACAGACGACAUGGUGGAGGGAAGUGCGCGGCAAAUGCCAGCAAUGCCAAGUUUCGAGGAUGAUGACUGA